GCCUCCUCCCGAGGAAAGCAGAUUCUAGGGUUUCGCUCCUCCUCCCCAAGGAAGCGAAGAUCCGCGGCUUCUCUCGUCUUCCGCCGCUGCCGCUGCCGCUGCCGCCGUCGCCCGCGCGGCGCAGGUACCAAAACUCACCUCCUCAAAUGUCGUGUAACUCUCUCGUGGAUUCUCACGCUCAGUCGGUGGGCUGGGCGGGGGCAAGCGCGCGGUGCGGCGCAGGCUGACUGGCUGCAGUGGUCGGAGCCAGCCGGGUGGCCGUAGAAGCGCGGCUGGCUGCCCGGGGAGGCGAGGCGUGCCUGCGCCUGGAGCUGCGGACGGCGAGGAGGCGCGUCGAGGCGGCCAGAUGCGGACGGUCGCUGGCGGGCCUGCUUGCUGUUCCCGUCGUGCCUACGAGCUGGUGUAUAGAACUGAGGAGCAGAGCAAGCGUGGCUGUGAUUGUUGAAUGUUGAUUCAUGGUUGGUGAUAUCUGAUUCCUGAUAGUGGAUAGGCAUCACAAAAGAGGAAGACAUCUAUGCCAAUGCAAAUUAAUAGCUCCAGUAGUAUGGUCAAUAAAAAUUGAUGAUAUACUGUUGUCUCGUUUCAACAAAGAAAUUGUUGCCAAAAUCUCCUUUUUCUUUAGGAACUGUAGAAGAUCAUGUCUUCAAAGAGAGGAGGUGGUGGCUUCCAUGGUCGUGGCCGUGGCCGUGGCCGUGGGAGAAGUGCUUCAGCAGAAAAUGACAUGGAUCAUCAUGAAACCUCCGUGCCUUCUUCCCCAAGCGCUACUUCUGAGGACAAUGUCGAGUUCACUUCCCAGCAAAGCCCACUACCUUGCAUUGUAAGCCCAGCUGAACAUGUAUCCAGCACAUUACUCAAUCCUAAGAUCAACCACCGUUCGGAUGCAAUUUUUGGUGAUCAGGCUGUGGAGCAGUUGAAGUUGCGUCAUCACAAACCUUUAAAGUUUCACGAGAGAUACCGUCCUUAUUUGAGGGAUGCUGGCUUGCUUGGGCUCUCACAAAUUUGCCAGAAGAUGCCUCAGUUGGACAAAGCAUUGAUCACUGCCCUUGUUGAGCGUUGGAGACCAGAAACUCAUAGUUUCCACUUGGCUUCUGGGGAGAUGGCGGUUACACUACAAGAUGUUGCAAUGCUGUUAGCUCUUCCUAUUGAUGGCCGUCCAGUUUGUUCUACCACUGAUCAUGAUUAUGGGCAGAUGGUCAUUGAUUGUCUAGGUCAUGAUCCAAGAGGACCAUCAAUGCCUGGUAAAUCUUUUCUGCACUACAAAUGGUUGAAGAAGCAUUUCUAUGAAUUACCAGAAGGGGCAGAUGAUCAGACUGUGGAAAGACAUGUUCGAGCAUAUAUCCUGAGCCUUUUAUGUGGGGUGCUAUUUCCAGAUGGAACAGGGCGGAUGAGUCUGAUAUAUCUUCCACUGAUUUCCGAUCUUGCUCGUGUUGGGACAUACAGCUGGGGAUCUGCAGUGUUGGCCUUCCUAUACCGAUCUCUUUGUUCUGUUGCUUCCUCCCACAAUAUCAAGAACAUUGGUGGUUCAUUGCUUCUCUUGCAGCUUUGGAGCUGGGAGCACUCCCAUGUUGGCAGACCUUUGGUUCGGUCUCCCUUAUGCCCGGAGAAAGGCAUCCCAGAGGACGUGCCUCCUGUUGGCUUUCGUUGGGUAGGUGCUCGCGCACAAAGUGAGAAUGCUACACGCUGCCUUAAGCAGUACAGGGAUGAGCUGAACCUGCAGCGAGCAGAUCAGGUGAAGUGGGAGCCUUACUUGCAUAUUGACUCCUCAAGCUUGCCACCACUUUGUACAAAAGAUGCAGACUUGUGGCUUACACAAGCUCCGCUAAUAAAUUUUCCAAUAGUUGAGAUGUAUUUGCCUGAGCGAGUGAUGCGGCAAUUUGGGCUUCGUCAAUCCAUUCCACCACCUUUUCGACCUACACUACAGGCGUUGCAUCGUAUUAGUCGACGUGGCAGAGAACGUGAGAACUGGGAAGAGACACACCAUGAGUACAUUCAGGAAUGGGAAGCCCGCCGACAGCGCAUAUUUCGAGAGUCAGGGCAUUAUGACCCAUCUUCUUAUGAGGAGUACCUGCAUUGGUAUUCAGGAGUUACAAGGCGCUAUCUUGUACCAUCAAUCAGCGAUGAUGUGGAAGCAGGACCUUCAUUGCAGCCUGAUGAUUCCAUUGAUAUGCAGUAUCAAGCCAAGGCUCCUAUGAUCCGCAAAGCAGUUGAUAAACUGCAUGGUAUGGUAAAGAAGGCCAAGAUAGCCAUGACAUCCACAGCCGAUACAAGCACACAAGCCUUGGUCUUUGAGUUUCUGCAUGGCUUUCAAGAUGUUCUCCAUGACCUUGGAGAGAUCAAGGAAAAUGGCGGUUCAGCUGCUAGUCCACAUGUUGAAUCAGCUGCCACUCAAGACAUGCCUCUACUUUUGAUAGAAGCCGAACAGAACAUUGUUGGUGGUGAUCAAGAAGCUCAACACCAGGAAGAGGAAGAGCUUCACAUGGUGGAUGAUGCAACAAUGUCGCUCGAGCCUAUGGAUGAGGAAAACAAUGGUUUCAACAAUGUCAUCUGCUCAUGCCCUUCACUGGAGUUAGAGGUUACACCAGGCAUUGAUGAAUGUGAUACGGCCACUCCCGUUCCAGACUCUGCCGUUCCACAUCAAAGCACUGAUGUUGAUCAAGAUGGAUAUCUGGAAAACCCAAAUGAAAUGGAUCAGAUUGUACUGAUGGUGGAACCUAUAUGUGCGAAUGACAAUGGUUCCAACAAUGUGCUCUCAUCUAGCCCGUCAGCUCAAGCGCUGGAGGAGAACUGUGAAGUAGUAAAGGCAACCAAUGAAAAUGUCAAUUCAGCCACCCAAGCUACUGACUCAUCUACUCCACAACAGGGCACAGAUGUCGAACUAGAGGCUGAACAGGAAAACCCAGGCACAAGAGAGGGCAACUAACUCUAAUGGUGUUCCUUCAUCCUGCCCCUCGUCUGCAAAGAAGACAUGCAACUUGAUUCCAGCCCCAUGGAGCAAUUUGUGUCACCUAUGUAGUGAUUAGAUGCCAUUCUUCAAAGGUUCAGCAUAUUGCUGAUGUUGCCUUGCUUGUUAUGUAGUCUGACCAUGAUUGGUUCCACUAUACAUUUUAGGUUUAAUCACUGGUGUGAUGUAGCUUACAUAUCUCAUGCUUCCCAAGGUCAUUAGGUCAUCAAUAUCCAAAGUCAGAGUUAAUCAGGUAGGGAAUUUGGGGUUUUGACCAUGCAUUCGGCUUCAAAUUGGAAUUUCAUGUUGCAAUGUGUUCCUUCUGUUCUUAUAAGACUGAGGCAGGUAAUGGUCAUCUUGCAGCAGGUCCACGCAUCGCGAAACUUGGUUGUAGUCCAUUGUGAUCUCAUGUUCGCAGCGAAGCCAGGAGCAAGCCAUUAGUGCAAAGUGUAGUAUAGUACUUAAAAAGGAUAAUUUGUUACAUGCAAAUUUGUUAGAAAGCUUAUGCAGAGUUCAACAAGAAAGAUUAGCCUCAUUUUGUGUUAUUUUCAACAGUUGACCAAACUGUGCUGGUUCAUUCAAUCUGCUUUUUAUUUAUCUAUAUGCAAUAAUUAUUGAUCUUCUAUGUACAAGACAAGAAUCAUGUAUAGUAAGUUUUUUUU